CACUUCAAACAAAAACAUCUUCACCAUCUUCUUCAUCCCUUCUCUUCCCUUUGGAAUUCCAAGCUUGAAUUCUUCAACGUUCUGCCAAUUUCGGGUUUCUGGUUGUUCUGGAAGUUGAGUUUGCUUUGGUGUCAUGAGAGAAGACUGAGCUAUGUGUCUUCUCUACUAGUUCUGCUUGUGAUAUUUUGGUUAGAAACAAGUUCAGGUUUAACGUUCUUAAUUUCUAUCUGAAUUCAUGAAAUGGGUUUAAUCCGGAGUUCAAAUACAAGAAGUGGGGAUUACCUGGAAGGGAUGCUUACAGAUUAUGUAGGAGGAAAGUCAAAGGUGAAGGUUACCCGGAGUGCCUCUUCCCGGUUUGUGACUGCUCUUACCUGCCUCCAGUUUGCCUUUGCAGUGUAUGCAACAUUUCUUCUUUACUAUAUGGGUCCAGCAAUUGAUUUAAGGACCGCGCCAGACUUUACUUGGGCUAAAAGUUUUGCACGGAACAUGAAGCAAUUCAUCAUCCCACAGCAUGUUCUUGGGCACUACCAGGAGUCCGCUUCUCUGUUAACGGCUGAAAUCCCACCAGUUACACCAUCAGUCGUCUGUGAGCAUGAGCAGAUUGAAUUCUCGCAGAAAAAAUCUAAUGAUGUUCAGAUGAUCAAGCUGAAGAGGGAGCUGUAUGAUGAGAUAUUGGAUUUCCAGAGAAAAUCAAUUGGAACUGAAACUCUGGCAGAGCUAAUGGAAAUGAAAUCAAAGUGGGAUUUGCGCGGUCCAAACAGACCAAAAGUCACUGUUAUAUUGAACCAUUUCAAGAGAAAAACUCUGUGUUCUCAGCUGGAUUCCUUGCUUCAACAGACUCUUCCUUUCCAUCAUGUUUGGGUGCUCUCAUUUGGCAGUCCGAAUGAGCUUUCCUUGAGGAGAAUCGUAGAAAGUUAUAAUGAUUCAAGAAUCAGCUUCAUUAGCUCAAGCUAUGAUUUCAAGUACUACGGCAGAUUCCAAAUGGCUUUACAGACAGAAGCUGAUCUGGUAUACAUUCUCGACGAUGAUAUGAUUCCAGGAAGGAAAAUGCUGCAGAUUUUAUCCCAUGUAGCUGGGACUGAGAAGUACAAGAAUUCAGUUUUGGGAAGUAUAGGGAGGAUCCUGCCUUUUAGACAGAAGGAUUUCACAUUUCCUAGUUACAGAAAAUUUAGAUCAAAGGAGGCAGGACUAUAUUUGCCUGACCCUGCUUAUGAUAUUACUGUUGAUAGGAUUGUGCAGGUGGAUUUUCUUUCUAGCUCAUGGUUUUUGUCUGCAGAGCUUGUGAAGACACUUUUCAUUGAGACUCCUUUCACAUUCAUGACUGGCGAAGAUCUGCACCUUAGCUACCAGCUUCAAAAGUACAGAAAUGCUGGUUCGUUUGUUCUUCCAGUUGAUCCCAAAGACAAGGACACUUGGGGAGACAGUGAACACAGGCUUGCUUACGUUUCAGAAACCACUGUAAUUUUCAAGGACAUUGUUCAAGUCCGGGAUGAUCAAUGGUGGAAAGCACUGACGACCGGCUAUAUGACUCAAUGGGCAGCAAUGCAUCCCCAAAAGAUUGAUGCCCUCUUUUAUGCCCACUCUGUCGAUGAAGUUGAGGCCCUAGCACCUCUUCUAGAAAAAUUCAGGUCCACAGUUGGCAAGAAGGUCUACAUUGUAGUCUCCGGUGGCAGUUUCUGCCCUUGUGAGGAUGCUGCUACGGCUCUGAACUGGCCUAAGUUGGUGUGCAAAGAGAGAAGAUUUAAGAUUUUCGAUUUGGCCAUUGGAGCGCUUUCUGGGAUAUCAAAUUCUGAGGUAGCAGUGGUUCAAGCAGUGUACUCUAGCAUGAAAGGCCUGAUCAAGAUGCACAACCCUAGUGUGCUGAUCACAGUAUCUGACAUCGAUCCUCACGUGAAGAAAUCUUUAAAGAUGGCAUCUGAGACAAAUGGAAAUGGAACUACAUUAGUUCUUCUGCCCAGGCCCUCUGUGUCAAAGGUUCUCUGGAUGGCUGAUCUAAGAUCAACAGCAUUACCAAAUUGGAACAAGAUGAGGAUUUCAAUCAACAUAAUUACACAAAAUCGUGUGAAUUCCUUAACAAGACUUCUGAACUCUCUAAGCAAUGCUUACUAUCUUGGGGAUGAGAUUCCCAUCAGCUUCAACGUGGACAGUAAAGUGGAUGAGGCAACCAUAAGGCUAGUGAGUUCAUUAGAGUGGCCUCAUGGCCCUAAAACCCUUAGGAGGAGAAUCAUUCAAGGAGGGCUGAUUCGAGCAGUGAGUGAGAGUUGGUACCCUGCAUCUGAUGAUGACUAUGGCCUACUACUUGAAGAUGAUAUUGAAGUCUCUCCUUACUACUAUCUCUGGAUCAAAUAUGUGCUCCUGGCCUACCACUAUGACCCUCAAGUAUCCCUUCCUGAGCUCUCCUCAAUAUCUCUUUACACGCCAAAAUUGGUUGAAGUAGUGAAAGAAAGGCCUAAAUGGAAUGCAACCGAAUUCUUCAAGCGAAUUCAUCCAAAUACACCUUAUCUUCACCAGCUGCCCUGUAGCUGGGGUGCUGUCUUCUUCCCCAAGCAUUGGAGGGAAUUUUAUGUCUACAUGAACAUGAGGUUCACCGAAGAUGCCAAGGCAAAUCCGGUUCAAAUUCCCAAGUCUAGGACAAAUGGAUGGCAAGCUUCCUGGAAAAAAUUCCUGAUUGACAUGAUGUACCUCAGAGGAUAUGUCAGCAUUUAUCCAAACUUCCCAAAUCAGGCAAGCUUUUCAACUAACCAUAUGGAACCCGGGGCUCACAUUAGCGCAAAAGACAACGUUGUUAGGCACAACAAAGCAGACUUUGAGGUGCCAUUGUUGAAGGAAGAUUUUAGAACAUUGCUGCCUAAUGGGAAAUUGCCUCCAGCCUCAAAACUACCAUCAAUUAACCUAUUCAACCAAGCAAUGUCACUCAAGGGACUAAAGGUAGCAGGAGCCAAGCUGGGUCAGGAUGUGUUAAGAUGUGAUAAUGCCACAGAAAUAGUCCAUGUUGAUCGCCAAACAGGUCUGCCUCAACACUGCACGAAAUUCUGAUACUGUCAUUGUUUGUCAUUAAUUAUUCAAUAUUUUUUUUUUGUAACAUUUUUUCCUUCCUUAAGCUUUGCUUUAAUUAUUAAUACACAAUUACUGAAUUGAUAAAAGGAGAGAAACAAUGGUGGACAAAGGUUUACAUUGCUUCUUCCUCGGAAUAUCAAUGAAUAACUCAAAUUAUUAUGUUUAAUGGAGCCAAAAGUGGCUCUGAUGUAAUUGUCUUCAGAAGAAAUACACGCAAUAUGAUCCU